CGGGAGCGGCGGAAUGAGCGCCUCCGCAUCCUCGUCUCUCGCGCCUCUCGUCGGCAGGAUGUGUGAGAGCGGCUCUGGCAGCCUCGAGAAGAGAUUCUCCGACGCCCUCAGCAGCUCCCGCAGCCGUCGCGUCUGCGGCGUGCUCUGCUGCUCCGCGGCGUCGCCGUCUCCCGUUCCCGUUCCUCCAUCGCGCGGCGGCGGCGGACGCGCAGCCGGCGUCGUCGCCGUCGCCGUCGUCGUCGUCGCCGCCGUCGUCGUCGUCGUCGUCGUCGUCGUCGCCGUCGUCGUCGUCGUCGUCGUCGCGUCUCCGCGGAACUCGGCGAUGAGGUCUCGGAUCCCGACGACGCGACGCGUCACCGGCGCCGCGCUCGGCGGCGUCGGAACCGGCGGCGGCGGCGGCGGGGCGUCCGCGCACGUCUGGCGAUGCGACGACCAGUGCGAACGCUGGCACGCGCGCGAGCAGUAUUUCGCGCGCUUGCAUUUCGAGCAUCGGAACGCGGAGACCGCGCCGCAGGCCUCGCACGAGUCCGUCCGCAUCGUCGUCGAGGGCGCCUGCGCGUUUUCAGAUCGCGCGUCUCGCGGUGCGUCGGACGGCCGCGCGUCACCGCAUCGCGCGCGCGUCGCGCGACGUCAUCGCGGGGGAGAAGGCCUCGACGACGACCUCGCGAUCGUCCGCGGUGACCUCUCGUCGAGCACCGGACGAGCGCGUCAGCCGCGCGGUGACUAUGUGGUGGUGGUGACAUCCGUAUCGGGCGAGUGA